GUAAAUGAGAUUAGCCAGUAAAAGUAUUCAGUUAACUAGAUGCUUAGUUGAUUGUAGUGGACAAUGUGUGAUGGUGAAGUAAAAUCAUACUUCUAUGUUUUAUUACCUUUUAUAAACAGAUUUUUAUUUUCACAAAUUAUUUAUCUAUUUAUCGAUCAGCUAGUCCUUAUUAAUGGAACUUAAUAGUUUUUCUGUGUUUUUAUUUUUAUUGUGGCUGGUGCUAAAUGCUGAAUUAUCAAGCAUGCAGAGUGGUGGUGGCAACUUGUUUGAUAAGUUCUCAGAAAUGUUCAGUUUGUCUCUUCUACCGGAUUAUGUUGUUGCAGACAUGUCAAAUUUAAAGGAGACUGCGCAUUCUACAAUACGAACAAAAUCACCAAUACUUGGUUUUCCACUGACAGAACAAGACAAAAUUGACAUCAAAAUAUUGGAAACAAAAUUUGACAAUGAAAAAAAUUGUGCUGGUCUGGCUGCACCUCAGAUUGGAAUAUCCAAAAGAUUUAUCGUGUUCAAAGUUGAUAAAGAAGAUGGCAUUCCUCAAGCGUUCCCAAAAACUGUUUGGAUUAAUCCAACAUACAAGAAAGCCAGUGAAGAGACAGAGAUAGCAUACGAACAGUGCUUUUCAGUGAGUGGAGUUACAGCUCCUGUAAAACGCUACAAACGAAUUCAUUUUACUGCCACUGAUGUAAAUGGUAGUCUGGUGCAGGGAACGGCCGAAGGGUUUGCGGCCAGAGUGAUACAACACGAGACAGACCAUUUGGAUGGGAUACUAUUCAUCGACCUGGUCGCACGAAAGAAGAUUAUCACUAUUAAAGAAUUUAAACGAAGACUUAAAAAGUUAGAAGAAAACGAGAAAAUGAAAAAGGAACAAACAAAUUUAUGAUACAAGAAGGAAACAUGGUUUGAAGUAAUGAAAGUGUUCACUUUAAGAAUAUUCAUCUGGUUUAUAUUUAAAUGUAUACCUAACUUUCACUACUUUUAACAUCUAGACCAAGUACUUUAUUUUAUAAAUCAGCUUAUUAAAAAACUGGUGUAUUUUGCCAU